GACUCACCACAUGCAGGACGCAAGAAAACAGAGAUUUCUCAAUCAGAACAUGAUUUUCUAGUGUGGGAUAAAAGCAGUGGCAUAACCUAUCUAGUGCUUAUCCAUCCAAAGGCCGUUCAUAUGCAACUUCAUCUUGACUAAGCCUUUCUAACGAAUAUCUUCAUGAUCUCAUCAUCCUCAAAAUAAGGUCCCUCCUCCCCCUCUCUCUCGAGGAACCCUACGGUUGAGCCUCUAUAUAAUUUAGGCCUCUGCUCUCUCUUCCUUCUCAUAUUCAAUAGAGCUACUUUGGUUCGAGAAAUAGGACAGAAAUGGAAAGCUCCUUUGUAGGCCUUGCUCUAGCGGCUCUUCUCGUUAUCCAAUUCUCCACCCCAGUAAACUCUUCAUGCUCAGCCACUAGAUCCUCACCAAGAAACAUAAGAUAUAUUAAAACAUCAUGUUAUGAUACCACACUCUAUCCUAAAUUAUGCUACCACACCCUUGCAAUCUAUGCAAGCACAAUCAAAACAAACCCUAAACUACUAGCUAAUACUGCCCUUCAUGUGAGCCUUAAGAGCACCAACUCGACAUCAAGGUUGAUUAAAAAAGCGUCCAAGACUCCUGGUCUGGAUCCUAGAGUGCUUGCGGCCAUGUUGGAUUGUGUAGAGGAGGUUGGUGAUGCAGUAGAUGAGCUUCAAAGGUCUAUUGAAGAGAUGGAUCAUGCUGGCGGGUCAAAUUUUUCUAUGGUAAUGAAUGAUGUAGAAACGUGGGUCAGUGCAGCAUUAACAGAUGAUGAUACCUGCGUGGAUGGAUUUGCUGAAGGGGCUGUUAAUAAAAAAGUGAAGACCACUGUUAAGAGACAUCUAGGAAGAAUUGCACGUUUGACUAGUAAUGCUUUGGCUCUUGUCAAUAGAUAUGCUUCAAGUAAAGCUAACUUACCUUAACUCCUUACUCUGUCUCCUGUAUUGGAAAUUGUAAGGAAUCCAAUCCUAAGCCAGCAAAGCUCGUGCAUACAGUAAAAUUUAGCCUGAAUUAUCUUGUCUUCUGCAUUUUCUCAGGAUACUUGUUUUCAAUAGAUAAAUACUUGACAAGUAUGAUUUUGGGUUAUAUUCUAUAUAAUAGUUAUUUUGAGUUCAA